AGCAAAUAAGACCGUUCUUCACAGAAGGUGUUGGGGUGCGAAUCAGGCGUGGUUGGAAAUGACGCGCAAUGGAGUGGCCGACGAGAAGGUCAGAAUGGCGCAUAGCGUGUUCAUACGUCUUGUGUUGGCCCCGUUCACUAUCCACUUCAAGAGCCCUACAUACCUGCGAGAGGGGACGCUCGAACUCCUGGACAAGCGCGUUUGCAAAGAGACCCUGCAGAGCACCGCGAACAAUGUGGCGGUGAGAGAGUCAAUAGGAAUGGACAUCAAGUUCUGGUCGGAGUUGGUCCUGUGUCUCAGGGCAGCGAUACCGAGUCUGGAACGCCGCAGCUUUACCAUUUGGGACCCGAGUGCUGUAGACUAUGAGAGCACGUCCGGUGCGCUUAUAGCGAGCAAUUAUCCAGGCUUGUGGAAAGACCUCGAACGGCUCAACGACCUGGUCAGCAUUAGCCGCAACGUCCUCACAAUCGGUUCGGUUGCCCAGGAUCUCGCCACCGCACACCAAGUCGAUACUGAGAUCUUCCGUCUGGUCAACGCCUGUGUCAGGGUGACCGCACGUGGGUACGACGGUGAGGCAGGUACGGGCGACGAAGAGAAAUGGCAAUGGAUUGUUAAUGCGUACAAGAAGUUAUUGAUCACCUGCCUGCAAUUUGUCAACAACCUCGUGGCGCAGAACGAGCGUCGGAAGAUGAUGCUGUGGAUGGCUCUAUUCGAUCACACCCUCAACGACAGUGCAGAUGUGAUGGCCUUCAACCCAGAGGACGUGCCGGAAACCAGUCGAACGACGCUUGCAGAUAUGCCUAGUAACCCUGCGGUGCCUCCGCAAUCGCUUAUUACCAGCUACGAUUUGCUUGUAGCAUAUGGCACAGACGGUGAAGAUACUAUUCGCCACUCCGAGCUCGAUGCUGUUAAGACCAAUGAACCUAAGAUAAAGUAUAUGCCACCUCCUCGCUUCAUCCAGUUAGGUGCCGAAGCGGCGUACGGCGGCGACAAGUCUAAGCUGGUUGGCAAUUCGUACGUAUGGUUCUGCAAGGAACGGCACAACCGAGCCAUAGAUUACUAUUCAAGAGAGCCAACUCGCGGCGAAGAGUAUUUGUUGCAUGCACGACAGUGGCACCAAAGUGUAUCAAGCGUAGAGGAUACCGAAGACCAUUGGCAAGCCCUGUAUGAAGAUGCUGUGGCCAAGUAUCGGGCUGAGUGUGCGGUUUGGGAGGCGAAGAUGUCCAUGCACCGACGAUCCUACGGCGGCGGCCACCAGCGCCACGAGGAAGACGAAGGCUUCGCAGACGGCGACGAAGAAGAGGGUGCGAAGUUAGAGCGGCGUGUCGAGGAGCUGGAGGCAGAGAUUGCGAAGGAGCUGCGACUGCAGGGGCCGGAGAUACUCACCACGCAGAACUUGCAGUAUCGUCCUACUUUAGUCGACGAUUUCAAGUGUCUCUUUACCGCGGAAGCGGGAGCUAGGAUUUUGGAGUCGGGCAAGAUCGAGCUUAUGAAGCGGCUGAGCGACUACUCUCCGGAUGCAAGCUUGCGGGACUUGCAAGACUUGUAUUCUAAGGCCCCAGAGAACUCGAACCCGGACGGCAGUGUGUUGAACUCUGUUCGCAGACACGAUCUCAUCAAAGCCGAGCCUCACAUUAACCAGCCGUCUCAGAUCGAUUACUAUGGCGCGCUGCCCAUGCCCUCCCAGCUUGAUAUUCCCUCUAAUGACGCCGAGACAGAAGCUGCGAGUAUGGACGGUGAACUUAAGCAAGCAGAGCCUGAUAUGAUCGAGGAUAGUGCGCCCGAAGACGAGGAGGAGGAGGAUGAGGAGGACGAAGAGGAUGAAGAAGAGGACGAAGACUACCCCGGAUCGAACGAGGAUGGACGCGGCUUACUGACCGACGUGCCUCUCAUCCUCGGACCAUCAGAGAUUGAGGUCCUACCGAUGCUCAUCAUGUCCGCUAUUGUGCCACCGACACCUCGUCCGGGUAUGUCAGAAUCGGAGCGCUUAGAGCUUUCCAACCUCGCCUACGUCCGCACACAGAUUCUGCUCUCUCAGUCCUCUGGGCGUAAUUUGCUCCGUGAGCUGUUGAUCUUCGUCGCGGCAUGGGAUCUGCGAGAAGAGGAGCUGUAUUUCAAGUUCAUGAUCAAGAUUCUCGAGGCCAUCCUAAAGAGUGGUCUGAUGCCGUACGCUUAUCACGCUUUCCGGGAUCGAAGUCGAAGCAAGGAUAUCAUCUCUCCGGCGCAAGCGGUCAUUAUGAAGCUUCUGACCUGCAUCUACCGCGGACGGAAUCUGGAGGCUAAGCAAGCUCUCAGCGCCGGUCCGCAGCCAAAGACCGUCAAGAAUGUCGAGAAACAAGCCAGACAAGAGACUGCUCGCAAAAUCCUUGCUACAGCUCCGCUGCCAGAUCCUCCCGGCGUCAAGCGAGCCGUGUCUGACCCACAUCAUCCUACAGAGUGUCAGCGCCGCCACUUGUUGCUUAUGGGAUACGCGCCGCCGUCUCGGACCGACUUACAUACGCUCAAUUUCUUGUUCACUGAGUUCAGGCAGCAUAUCAUUCCUCAGACCUGCGCGUUGAUCUUUUUGCAAGGGCAGAUCCACGCUGGACGUGCGCAGCCCGAGGACUUUCCGCUGAAUCUGUGGGAUAUGGAGAGGAUGUACGAAGGCGUGUAUCAGUUUCUGGAGUUCUUUGCUGUGGUAUGCGAGGACAGCAAUCCAGCGUCAGGCGUACCCUCUGCUGGACAGGUUGCCACUAAUACACCGCCCAACGCGCUAGGGAGCGGUGGCUGGGGCAAGGGUGUGCUGGCCGAAUGGGAGGCCACAUCCGAGCUCGUGGCUCUGCUUCGUGAGCUUGAGGGCGGUAGUGAGAAACGGUCUGUGGGUGGCGGUCUACGUUACGCAAAGGGUGCCGCUAUUGGGACUGUACCGUCUGCCGUAAGGAGGGUGAGUCAGCAGGCUGGUGUUGCCACUGUACCACCUGUUACGCACCCUGUCCCGCCACCACAGCAAAGAAGCUUAAGCGCUGAUGCGGUUAUCCCUUCGACUCAGACUCUGGCGACACACACUCAGAAAGAUAAACCGGCCCCACCAGCGGUUGAGAAACCGUUCGAUGUCGAAGGCGCAAACGAACACGGACAUCUAGUCCUCCCACCUCUAUCUCUGCCUCCGGAACUCGAAGAUCCGCAAUCCAUCUUCGAAGCCGAGACACCUCUCGCCUACCCAGAAGAUCCGAUCGGGGGCGUACCACAUUCUGCCGCUGGCGCUCACGCACCCGCACCACCGCCACUCCACCCCACAGCUGCGGACCAAGACGAGCCUUCCGAUUUCGAAUGGCGCAAUUUGAAGAAGCUUACAGUCCUCGUCCUUUCGUCGCUUGUGUGGAAGAACAAGAAAGUCCAAGAUCAACUGCGCGCUCAUGGUGGACUAGAGGCGCUAGUCAGCUGUUGCAGGCCCGAUGAGAAUAACCCUUAUAUCCGCGAGCACGCCAUUAUGUGCUUACGCUUCGCUGUAGAGGCGAACGCGGAGAAUGCUGAAGCGAUCCGAAAGAUGGCGCGCGAGCAGCCGAACCAUGCGGUGUCCGGGGCACAACGGCAGAUUGCGGCGAACGGGAGUCAGAGCGUCGCUCGGGAAGUUUUGUCUGACGGCGGUUACGAGACGUUUACGGAUGGCAAGGGUCAAGUGGGACUACGACGCAAGGAUGGUAGCGUCGUUCAUACUGCUGGGUCAAGCGCUGCAGCGGUCGUGCACGCCGCGCAAAACGCCAUCGACAUGACCGGCCCUUCACCACCCGUCGCAGCUGCUGGUGCAAGUGCUGCGGCGGCCGUGCAGGCAGCAGUGGAGAAGGCGGGACUUGUGCCUCCCGGCUCAAGCGCGAGCACGAAUGCUUCGAAGCCGCCACCUCCGCGGUUGUCACCCGCUAAGCUUACGGCCGAGAAGGCGGCGGAGUUGAUGCAGAAUGCUUUACGGGAUCUGCCGCUGGGUGACAAGUUGGUUACGGAUAAGCAGAAAGCGGAGGCGCUUGCGAAGCUGGACAAAGCUUUUGAGAGUACGGAGCGGGUGUUGGGAAAGAAACAUGGUGGGAACUCUGCGGGUCCGUGACUAGAAGGCAGUGAACUGUUCCAGUGGGAGUUUGUGCGUGAUCGCCUGAAGAGCUUGAUGGAGGAGGCUGCGAAGAGAUUAAAGGAGGAGGGUGGUAGGGUUUUCGAGGAAGGAUGAUGAUGAUGAUGGGGCGCAUAUUAUUGUAAGAGUAAUGAGUGCUUGGCAGAGUUACGGCCGCCGGAACGGUCGUGGUGCGCAUAACUUUCACCACCAGGAAGCUACGAUACCCCACGAAUUUAUGUGGUUACUUAUCUGAAUUGUAAACUCACUUACCCAACCACGU